AGUCGAACCAACCCCUAAACAUAAGUUGGAACAAGUCCGCUACUUGAUAUACUAGUAGAGGCUGAUUUCAAAAUCAAACAUAUUUUGGGUAAAGCAAAGCAGGAGGUUCCUUUCUUCCUCUCGCUGCUUUCUGUUUGACAAGCCCACUGCGAGGGAAGACACCUCAACUCAAUCAUGGAUUCCUCAGCGAGUUGCCCGGUCUGUAACCAAAGCUUCCCGCCAUCGCUGCUCCACUGGCAUGUCGACACCCACUUCGAUUCGGAGCAGGAGGAGAAUCUUGUCGUUUCAAACGACGAGCAGCUUGCAAGAGACCUCGAAUUGGCGGAGCAGCUUUCCCUCUCUCGCGCGUUGCUAAAUCAAUCCCUAGACCAGGCGGAACCCCUCCUAAUUGCUUCGCAGACCAGAAGCUCCUUCCAUCGCGUUGCAACGGACGGCGGUUUGAUGACCUUGAUGUACGAGAGGCUACAAUCAGGAGGCGCCAAGUUCAAUGGCCAGGGCAAGGGCAAGUACGCGGCCGCUGCCCCGACAACUACCUUGUUGGCCGGUUACGUGGAUCACUACCAAAGCAGGCGCGGGGAGGAUUCCGGAUGGGGUUGCGGAUAUCGCAACAUCCAGAUGCUGGCCUCUCACUUGCUCAAUUCCAGGCCAGAUGCAAGGGAAGUUCUAUUUGGUGGUUCUGGUUUUGUUCCUGAUAUUCCUUUCCUCCAGGGUUGGCUUGAGGUCGCUUGGCGGAAGGGUUUCGAUCCACUUGGCUCUCAACAGUUCCACCAUUCCAUCCGUGGCUCCAAACGCUGGAUUGUUCCUGGUACUAGCGUUGCUCCUCCCAAGAAAAAUAAAUCAUCUCUUGUCCGAGGUCCCAUGGAUAGAUAUCUGGUUCGCAAUGACACAAGAAAGGACGAUAGUGGGCCGACGGAUUCCAAUUCAUGUGGCGAGCCUCAGAGCAGCGGCAAGAAUAGAUUUUGCAAUGGUGGAACCAGUCCCAAUAACCCCUCGGAUGCCCAGGUUCUGGUGGAUUGGGUGUGGAACUACUUCUCGCAGCAAGGGACCAAGGUCUCUGCCCAACAGCAACGAGUUGUGAUGACUGGGAAAGCGCCGUUGUACUUCCAGCAUGAUGGGCACUCAAGAACCAUAGUUGGGAUUCAGUGUAAACAGCAACAUAGUUAUGGAUCACCAGAGUACACUCUCUUGAUAUUGGACCCAGCUCAUAGGACAGAAGCUCUAGAAAGAUCAAUCAAAACGAAUGGUCAAUGGGAGAAGUCGAUAAAAAGAGGAGUACACACAUUGAAGAAAAGCCAAUAUCAGAUAUGUUACAUCGAUCCAGGGAUCGCAAGCAUAGAAGAGAUGGAGCUCCUCAAGAAUUUAGAUAGUACCUAUUUUGAGUUGUGAGGAGGGGAUAUUGUCAAGGUUAGUAGUGCUCUGUUACUCUGGCAACAUCAAUUAUUGGAAAUGGUUGUGAAAUCUCCUUUUGGCAGCAAGAUUCACGGGUUUUGAAGACUUGUUGCAGCAGUAUCAUCUAAUUUAACAUUAACCUCAGUGAUGCUGAAAAGAAUUGGGAGCAAGUGGCGCUUCCGGUGCUCCUUAUUGUUAGCACGAUCCUUUCAUGUAUCUUAUGCAUCUCAAAGCUUACUGUUAUGUGGGAAAUAAGUAACGGGACGGCAU